CCACGCCCCUUACUUUCACCCCUUUGUGGGGAAUCUCGGGCUCCCACUCACACACACUUCCACACUUGCAGGAGUUUAGAGGAACAAACGUAGAUCGGUCGACCUUUUUUUUUUUUGUUAAAGAAAUAACUUCUUUUCCACGCAUGGAUUUAUGUUGUUCUCUUCUGGGGUUUCGAGGAAGUGCAAUGGUUUGCACUGCCGGGCAUUUUGGAGCGUCCACGGGGAGGCAGAGGCCACACGGACUCCACAGCGCAAAGUUUUAAAAGUGCUUCCCUCGUCAAAGUUGUCGUCUUCACACUCCGAAGAGCCCGAGCCAUCAUGGCGAGGCGGACCAGGCGGAGCACUUUGCUUUUGACGCCGAAUCCGCGCGCUGCUUUUCGGGAUACGCUGCUCGGUCUUCACGGGAGCUUGUCGGCGUGUUUGUGGGGCUUCGCUUUCACGUGCUGGGCUCUUUCGUGUGGAUUUUGUCGGGCGGACACGGAGUUUUCCAUCCUGGAAGAAGCGCAAGUUUUGUCCGAGCAGAUGAAGAAGCUGUCCUCCGAGGAGCUGGGAGUCUUAACCAUGCAGAAGAUUUUCAACUCCUUUGUGUAUACCGAGAAGACAUCAAACGGAGAGACAGAAGUCCAGCAGCUGGCCAAGAAGAUUCGGGAGAAGUUUAAUCGCUACCUAGAUGUGGUGAACAGGAACAAACAGGUGGUGGAAGCCUCAUACACUGCCCACCUUACAUCUCCACUCACUGCAAUACAGGACUGCUGCUCCAUUCCAACAUCUAUGAUGGAGUUUGAUGGAAAUUUCAACGCCAAUGUGUCCAAGACCAUCUGCUGCGACAGACUUUCACCCACUGUCAACAGCCGAGCUUUCAACCCUGGACGAGACCUCAACUCAGUGUUGGCAGACAACCUCAAGUCCAACCCAGGCAUCAAGUGGCAGUACUUCAGCUCCGAGGAGGGCAUUUUCACGGUCUUCCCGGCCCACAAAUUCCAGUGUAAAGGAAGUUACGAACAUCGCAGCAGGCCUGUGUACGUGUCUGCAGUGCGGCCCCAGUCCAAACAUAUUGUUGUGAUGGUGGAUCACGGAGCGUCUGCAACAGAAACUCAACUGCAAAUUGCCAGGGACUCGGCUCUGGUUAUCCUUAAUGCAAUAGAUGAACAUGACAAGAUUUCCAUUCUGUCAGUAGCAGAGAUGGUUCGCUCCUGCUCCCUUGACCAGUGCUACAAGAGUUUGCUCUCUCCGGCCACCAGCGAGACAAAGAGGAAGAUGAGCACCUUCAUCUCCAACAUCAAAGUAUCCGAUAGCACCACGCAGCAUGCAGCAGGCUUCCAAAGGGCUUUCCAACUUCUCCGAAACACCAGCAGCCUCAGCAGGCAAAGCAGCACCACAGACAUGGUUGUCAUCUACCUGUCAUCUGGCAUCACAUCUCGAGAGUCGUCAGAGCAGGAAAAGAAAGCGACGCUCAGUGUGGUCAAAGAGGAGAACCGAUACUUCAACAACUCCGUCAUGAUCCUCACUUAUGCGCUCAUGAAUGAGGGAGUAACCGGUCUGAAGGAGCUGGCCUUCUUGCGUGACCUGGCAGAGCAGAAUUCGGUUAAGUAUGGCGUUGACCGCUUUCCUGCGGCUUCAUCGUUUGGAUCAGCCGGGGCUCCCAUGAUGCCUGUGGUGAAGGGUAGCAUGAUGGUGCUCAACCAGCUCAGUAACCUGGAGACAACGGUGGGCCGCUUCUAUAUCAACCUCCCCAACCGCAUGAUCGACCUCGCCCGCUUCAGUUUGCCCUACGCUGACCCCAUGGGAGAUGGGUUUAUCAUGACUGUGAGUCGACCCUGUUAUUUUGGUAACCUGCUACUGGGCGUGGUCGGAGUGGAUGUGAAUCUGGCCUACAUUUUGGAGGAUGUCACGUACUAUCAAGACUCUUUGGCUUCAUACACCUUUCUCAUUGACAACAAAGGUUACACCUUGAUGCACCCGUCACUAACCCGGCCUUACCUGAUGACCGAGCCUCCUCUUCACACAGAUAUUAUUCACUAUGAGAAUAUUCCGCGAUUCCAUGUUGUGCGACAGAACAUUCUCAACCUCCCAUUGGGCAGUCAGGUUAUUGCUGUUCCAGUUAACUCAUCUUUGUCUUGGCACACAAACCGCCUCCGAGACAACAGCAAAGACGCAUACAACGUCAGCUACGCAUGGAAACUGGUUCAGGACACAUCGUUCAUUCUAUGCAUAGUGUAUGUGCAGCCAGAGAUUCCGGUAAAACAGCUCAAAAACCUGAACACUGCACCCGGCUCCAAGCUCUUGUACCACCGUUUAGACUUGUUGGGUCAGCCCAGCUCUUGCCUGCACUUUAAACAGCUUGCGACCGUUGAGUCCCCCACAGUGAUGCUGGCAGCUGGGAGCUUCUCCUCUCCGUACGAGCACCUCAGCCAGCCAGAAACAAAGCGCAUGGUGGAGCACUACACCGCCUACCUGAGUGAUAACACCAGGCUCAUCGCCAACCCAGGCCUGAAGUCCUCUGUCAGGAAUGAGGUUAUGGCGACCAGUCACGUCACGGAUGAGUGGAUGACACUAAUGGAAAUGAGUAGCCUCAACUGCUACAUUGUGCGGCGUUACAUAGCAACGCCCAGUGGGGUGCUCCGGAUUUACCCUGGAUCAUUGAUGGACAAAGCCUUUGACCCGACUCGUAGACAAUGGUACCAGCAUGCUGUGGCCAACCCUGGCCUCAUCACCUUCACUGGGCCUUACUUGGACGUGGGUGGAGCAGGCUACGUUGUUACAAUCAGCCACACCAUUCAUGCCUCCAGUUCUCAGAUGGCCCCUGGCUAUGCGGUUGCAGUGAUGGGUGUAGACUUUACCCUGCGUUACUUCUAUAAGGUUCUGUUGGACUUGCUUCCUAUCUGCAACCAGGACAAGGGCACCAAGAUCAGGUGCUUCAUAAUGGAGGACAGAGGUUACCUGGUAGCACACCCCACUCUCAUUGACCCCAAAGGCCAUGCCCCUGCAGAGCAGCAGCACAUCACACACAAGGAGCCAUUGGUUGCUAAUGACAUCCUGAACCAUCCCAACUUUGUGAAGAAGAACUUGUGCAACAGCUUCAGCGAUCGCACAGUGCAGCGUUUCUACAAGUUCAACACCAGCAUACUGGGCGACCUAACUAACCUCGUCCACGGCAGCCAUUGCUCUAAGUAUCGUCUGACCAGAAUACCCGGCACCAACGCCUUUGCCGGUAUCGUCAACGAGACGUGUGACUCCCUGGCGUUCUGCGCCUGCAGCACAGUGGACCGCCUUUGUCUCAACUGCCACAGGAUGGAGCAAAAUGAGUGUGAAUGCCCUUGUGAGUGCCCUCUAGAGGUCAAUGAGUGUACCGGCAACCUCACCAGUGCUGAAAACAGAAAUCCAAGCUGUGAGGUACAUCAAGAGCCCAUCAGUUUGAAUGUGAUUGAUCCCAGUCUGCAGGACACACUGCCUCAGUGUAUCAACACCCGUUGCAGCCAAAGAUACACCAGCAGUGACUGUUUUGGCGUUUUGGACUGUGAGUGGUGCAUGGUGGACAGUGAUGGUAAAACCCACCUGGACAAGCCGUACUGUGCCUUGCAGAAGGAGUGCUUCGGGGGCAUUGUUGGUGCAAAGAGCCCAUAUAUGGACAGCAUGGGCAUCCUCGACGAAGAGGCGGUAUCUCUGAACAUGAUCAAGAGUGCCCCUGUGGGUCCAGUUGCUGGGGGUAUUAUGGGAUGCAUCAUGGUGCUGGUACUGGCCGUGUACGCUUACAGGCACCAGAUCCACAGGCGCUCUCACCAGCACAUGUCGCCACUGGCAGCACAGGAAAUGUCGGUGAGAAUGUCCAACCUGGAUAACGACAGAGAUGAGCGGGAUGACGACAGCCACGAGGACAGAGGCAUAAUCAGUAACACUCGGUUUAUUGCUGCGGUGAUCGAGAGGCACACACACACACCAGAGCGGCGGCGAAGGUAUUGGGGAAGAUCUGGCACGGAGAGCGAUCACGGCUACAGCACCAUGAGCCCUCAGGAGGACAGCGAGAACCCACCGGGCAACAACGACCCGCUUUCGGCGGGCGUGGACGUCGGUAACCACGACGACGACCUGGACCUGGACACGCCGCCUCAGACGGCGGCCCUACUCAGCCACAAAUACUACCCCUACCGACACACGCACACGCACCACCACCCGCUGCACACACACCACCUCCAGGCGGCGGUCACCGUGCACAGCGUGGACGCCGAGUGCUGAUCCUUCACGGGGAUAGGACUUGAAAAGAAAAUAGAAAUCUAUAGAAAAUAGGUGCUUAUGGAGACAAGAAACUUGUCUUCAGCCUGACCAAGUGUACAUAAAAUGACUCUCGGAAUGGGGACUCUUUUUUUAAGAGCAACCUUCAGCACAUUUGGAGACGUUCAUCAGCACAACUAAAAACUGUGAAAGGACCAACAGAGCUGGACGCGUCAAGGAGUCGAGCAGAAACAUCCACAGAUUUGCAGGAAUACAAAAAAAACAACUAUUUUUCUACUCCUUAUUUGACGAUUCCUUCAUGAGGGUUCAGUCGAGCCUUAAUCUCCUCCAAAUAUUUUGGUGUUCCUGCAAGUGAGGAGCAAUUCGAUCUAUAACUUUUUUUUUUUUCUAAAGUGUCGCAAAAGUUUCAGGACAGAUGACGUGAGAGGCAUUGCUCAACCGACGUGUCUACGAAGAGAUCCUGCGCUGUUCUGCUCCCCAACUCGCUGGACCUGGUUCUGAAGAAGAGUGGAGUCCGGAGUCUAAUGUUCUGGAACUUUUCUGACGCCUGUGGCCUUUGAGUCUGAACUCAAGUAAUACGGGCGUGGCCUGGAUACUCAUAAGCGGGGUGCUGCUCAGUGACCCCUAGUGGUCUUCUAGGAGAACUGUGCGCGCUUCUUCCUUAGCAACAUUUUGUACAGUCAAAAGUUUAUGAUGGACACUCCGUUUCAUUUAGGAAGAAUGAGAGGGAAAGAUGCUGCUGGUGUUCAAAGGAGACAGCCCCUCUGCGAUUAACCACUCAAAAGUGUGCGUGCGUGCGUGUGUGUGUUGGAACUGGACCAUUUGUGUAUUUCUCCUCAAGAUUGUAUUAUAGUACCGUCACCAAGUACCGUCUCAGAAAAAAGGUUGUUCACCAUAAUGACCCACAUGAUAAUGCAGUACCGUAAUAGGCCCAAAUGUUCGUUUAAAAGAAGGCAAAAGUUUUAUUUAACAAAUACAAACCCCGUUUCCAUAUGAGUUGGGAAAUUGUGUUAGAUGUAAAUAUAAACGGAAUACAAUGAUUUGCAAAUCAUUUUCAACCCAUAUUCAGUUGAAUAUGCUACAAAGACAACAUAUUUGAUGUUCAAACUCAUAAAAAAAUUUUUUUUGCAAAUAAUCAUUAACUUUAGAAUUUGAUGCCAGCAACACGUGACAAAGAAGUUGGGAAAGGUGGCAAUAAAUACUGAUAUAGUUGAGGAAUGCUCAUCAAACACUUAUUUGGAACAUCCCACAGGUGAACAGGCAAAUUGGGAACAGGUGGGUGCCAUGAUUGGGUAUAAAAGUAGAUUCCAUGAAAUGCUCAGUCAUUCACAAACAAGGAUGGGGCGAGGGUCACCACUUUGUCACCAAAUGCGUGAGCAAAUUGUUGAACAGUUUAAGAAAAACCUUUCUCAACCAGCUAUUGCAAGGAAUUUAGGGAUUUCACCAUCUACGG